GCGUCAUAUAGUCAUGACUGUCUUAUUGUGGUUCCGCUAAUUUGAAUGUUAAAUUGGAUUUAGAAGGAGUUGCAACCCAUCUCCGGGGCAUUUGAAGUGAAGCCUUGUUGAUAGACGCCAGAGGAUUACCUGGUCAGUUAAAGCAUAACCUACACUCUGUCCAGCCUUAGCACAUAUGAUAUUCUCCUAAUAUUUUUUGUUAAAGUUACUGAGGCAGGUCAAGAGGUCAAAAUGUCCAAGAAACCAGACGACGAGAGCGGCAAAUUCCUUUUCGGGGAAAAAGACUUCAAAAGUGGACUGGGCCAAGCGGACUGGUCCGCUAAGAAGCUGGUGUGGAUCCCGUCCGAGAAAGAUGGCUUUGACUCAGCCAGCAUCAAAGAGGAAAAGGGCGACGAGGUCCUGGUGGAGCUGGACAACGGGCAGAAGCUGACCGUCCAUAAAGACAGCAUUCAGAAGAUGAACCCGCCAAAGUUCAGCAAGGCGGAGGACAUGGCGGCACUGACCUACCUGAACGAAGCCUCGGUGCUGCAGAACCUGAAGGAGAGGUACUACUCAUGUCUAAUUUAUACAUACUCAGGCCUGUUCUGUGUGGUGGUGAACCCCUACAAAAUGUUGCCCAUUUACUCGGAGAAGAUCAUUGAGCUGUACAAGGGCAAGAAGCGUCACGAAGUUCCCCCUCACAUCUACUCCAUCACAGACAAUGCUUACAGGAACAUGAUGCAAGAGCGUGAUGACCAGUCCAUUCUGUGCACAGGAGAGUCUGGAGCUGGGAAAACUGAGAACACCAAGAAGGUCAUCCAGUACCUGGCAGUGGUGGCUUCCUCUCACAAAACCAAGAAAGACGCUGACACAUCUUCUGUUUGGAAAAAGCAAGGAACCCAGCUGGCAUAUGGAGAGUUGGAGAAACAGCUUUUACAGGCAAACCCUAUUCUGGAAGCUUUUGGAAAUGCCAAGACCACUAAAAAUGACAACUCUUCCAGAUUUGGGAAAUUCAUCCGUCUAAACUUUGACCUGGCUGGCGUCAUCGUUGGAGCCACAAUUGACACAUAUCUGCUGGAGAAAUCCCGCUGUGUACGGCAGGCCAAGAAUGAGAGGGCUUUCCACAUAUUCUACUUUAUGGUCGCAGGGGUCAAGGACAAGAUCAAAGAGGAGCUUCUGGUGGAGAGCUUCAGCAGCUACCGUUUCCUGAACGCUGGGCACGUGCAGGUCACAGGCAUUGAGGACGACGAGGUAUUCGAGGAGACGCUAGAGGCCAUGGCCGUCCUGGGCUUCAAUGAGGACGAGAGAAUUGGCAUGCUGAAGGUCGUGUCCUCUGUGCUGCACUUGGGUAACGUUGAGUUCAAGAAGGAAAAGAACCAGGAGCAGGCCACCAUGCCUGAUACCACAGCUGCCCAGAAGGUGUGUCACCUGCAAGGCAUCAACUUAACGGACUUUCUCCGAGCCAUCCUCACCCCCAAAAUUAAAGUGGGUAGAGAGGUUGUGCAGAAGGCGCAGACCAAAGAACAGGCUGACUUUGCGGUAGAGGCUCUGGCCAAGGCUAUGUAUGACCGCCUGUUCAAAUGGAUCUUGCUACGUGUGAACAAGGUUCUAGACAAGACCAAACGCGCCGGGUCCUCGUUCAUCGGCAUCUUGGACAUCGCAGGCUUCGAGAUCUUUGAGGAUAACUCCUUUGAGCAGCUGUGCAUCAACUACACCAACGAGAAGCUGCAGCAGCUCUUCAACCACACUAUGUUCACCCUGGAGCAGGAAGAGUACAAGCGCGAGGGCAUUGAGUGGAGCUUCAUCGACUUCGGACUGGACCUACAGCCCUGCAUUGAACUUAUCGAGAGGCCGAAUAAUCCUCCAGGCAUCCUUGCUCUGCUGGAUGAGGAGUGCUGGUUCCCCAAAGCUACUGACACCACUUUCGUGGAUAAAGUCCUAAACACACAUGGUGGCCACUGCAAGUUCUCCAAGCCAAAGCAGCACAAAGAAAAAACGGUGUUCUCCGUCCUGCACUACGCUGGGAAGGUGGAUUAUAAUGCCACAGCCUGGCUCACCAAGAACAUGGACCCUCUCAAUGACAACGUGACUGCACUGCUCACCAACUCCUCCAUACAUUUUAUCACGGACCUAUGGAAAGACACGGACCGGGUGGUGGGGCUGGAGCAGAUCACCAAGAUGUCGGAGGGCUCCAUGCCCAGCUCGGGCAAGUCCAAGAAAGGCAUGUUCCGCACCGUCGGGCAGCUGUACAAGGAGUCCCUGGGCAAGCUGAUGACCACGCUCCACAACACCACGCCCAACUUCGUGCGGUGCAUAAUCCCCAACCAUGAGAAGAAGGCAGGAAAGAUGGAUGCCAAUCUGGUCUUGGAACAGCUGCGUUGCAAUGGUGUACUUGAGGGCAUCAGGAUCUGUCGCCAAGGGUUUCCCAACCGUGUCAUCUUCCAUGAAUUCCGUCAGCGCUAUGAGAUCCUGGCUGCGAGUGCCAUCCCCAAGGGGUUCAUGGACGGGAAACAGGCCUGCACACUCAUGAUUAAUCAUCUUGAUCUGGAUCCCAACCUGUACCGCAUUGGCCAGAGCAAGAUGUUCUUCCGCACCGGAGUCCUGGCUCAGCUGGAGGAGGAGAGGGACCUCAAGCUCACCGUGAUCAUCAUUGCCUAUCAGGCGCACUGCCGCGGUUUUCUGGCCAGAAAGGCCUACGCUAAGAGACAGCAGCAGCUCACUGCCAUGAAAGUGAUCCAGAGGAACUGUUCUGUGUAUCUCAAACUCCGUAACUGGCAGUGGUGGAGGCUCUUCACUAAGGUCAAACCUCUGCUCCAGGUGACCCGACAGGAUGAAGAGAUGGGCCAGAAGGACGAGGAGCUGCAGAAAGCAAAGGAAACGGCACAGAAGUCUGAGACCCAGCUGAAAGAAAUCACCCAAAAACACACAAAGGUGGUGGAGGAGAAGAACCAGCUGCAGGAGAAGCUGCAGGUUGAGACGGAGCUGUACGCCGAGGCAGAGGAGAUGAGGGUGCGUCUGGAGGCCAAGAAGCAGGAGCUGGAGGAGGUGCUGCAUGAGAUGGAGGCGAGACUGGAGGAAGAGGAGGAGCGUGGCCUCACCCUGCAGCAGGAGAGGAAGAACAUGGAGCAGCAAAUUCAGGAUAUGGAGAAACACUUGGCUGAGGAGGAAGACGCCAAACAGAAGCUGCAGUUGGAAAAGGUGUCUGCGGACGGAAAGAUCAAGAAGCUGGAGGAUGACAUCCUGGUCAUGGAGGACCAAAACAACAAACUACUGAAGGAAAAACAAAUGAUGGAAGAAAGGUUGGCUGAUAUUAGCUCCAAUUUGACUGAAGAAGAAGAAAAAUCCAAGAACUUGACUAAACUGAAAAAUAAACAUGAGUCUAUGAUAACUGAACUUGAAGUGCGUUUCAAGAAAGAAGAGAAAGCCCGGCAGGAUUUGGAGAAGGCUAAACGCAAACUGGAGGGAGAGUAUAAUGACCUUCAGGAUCAGCUAGCCGACCUGCAGGCCCAGAUCGCUGAUCUGAAGGCCCAGCUGGCUGCAAAGGAAGAGGACCUGCAGGGAGUGUUUGCACGGCUGGAGGAGGAGUCCAACCAGAAGAACAACGCCCUGAAGAAGAUCCGUGAGAUGGAGGGCCUGAUCUCUGAGCUGCAGGACGACCUGGACGCCGAGCGCAACGCCCGGGCCAAGGUGGAGAAGGCCAAGAGGGACCUGGGGGAAGAGCUGGAGGCUCUCAGGACGGAGCUGGAGGACAGCCUGGACACCACCGCCGCCCAGCAGGAGCUCAGAGCGAAGCGAGAGCAGGAGGUGGCCAUACUGAAGAAGGCGAUGGAGGAUGAGGGGCGCCACCAUGAGGCCCAGGUGCAAGACAUGAGGCAGAAGCACACCCAGGCUGUGGAGGAGCUCAGCGAGCAGCUGGAGCAGACUAAAAAGGUAAAGGCUAACCUGGAGAAGGCUAAGCAGGUCCUCGAGAAGGAGUCAGCUGAUCUGAGUGCGGAGCUUCACUCCCUCGCCAACUCCAAGCAGGACGUGGAGCACAAGAAGAAGAAGGUGGAGAGUCAGCUGUCUGAUCUGCAGUCCCGCUUCAACGACAGCGAGAGACAGAAAGCUGAGCUUGGGGACCGGGUGUCCAAACUAACUUCAGAGCUGGACAGCACCACUGGCUUCUUGAACGAGGCAGAAGGGAAGAACAUCAAAUUGAGUAAAGACGUCUCCAGCCUCAGCUCCCAGCUACAGGACGCACAGGAGCUUCAGGCUGAGGAGACACGACAGAAGCUGAACGUAGCCACCCGUCUGAGACAGACAGAAGACGAUCGCAACAGCCUCCUGGAACAGCUGGAGGAGGAGACAGAGGCCAAAAGGAACGUGGAGAAGCAGGUCUCCAGCCUCAACAUGCAGUUGUCAGAUACCAAGAAGAAGCUGGAUGAGGUGAGCAGUAACUUGGAGCUCAUGGAGGAGAGCAAGAAACGCCUUCAGAGAGACCUGGAGGCAGCCAACAACGAGUACGAGGAGAAGGCAGCUGCGUACGACAAGCUGGACAAGAGCAAGAACCGCCUGCAGCAGGAGUUGGAGGAUCUCCUGAUGGACCUGGACAACCAGAGGCAGCUGGUCUCAAACAUGGAGAAGAAGCAGAGGAAGUUUGACCAGAUGCUGGCCGAGGAGAAGAGCAUCUCCUGCAAGAAUGCUGAGGAGCGGGACCGUGCCGAGGCCGAGGCCCGGGAGAAGGAAACCAAGGCCCUGGCGCUGGCCCGCAACCUGGAGGAGACCCAGGUCUUCCUGGACGAGCUGGAGAGAGUCAACAAGGGCCUGAAAGUGGAGAUGGAGGACCUGGUCAGCUCUAAGGACGACGUUGGGAAAUAUGUGCAUGACCUGGAGAAGGCUAAGAGGAUGCUGGAGGCCCACGUGGAUGAGAUGAAGACCCAGAUGGAUGAGAUGGAGGACGAGCUGCAGGCGGCAGAGGACGGCAAACUCCGCUUGGAGGUCAACAUGCAGGCCCUGAAGAGCCAGUUUGAGAGAGACCUGCAAGGGAGAGACGAGCAAGGAGAGGAAAAGAAGAGGCAACUGAUCAAACAGGUUCGCGAGCUUGAGGCGGAGCUGGAGGAUGAGCGUAAGCAGCGAACCUCAAUGGCUGCUGCCAAGAAGAAGUUGGAGGGAGACAUCAAGGACAUGGAGGAUCAGUUUGACACAUCUUGCAAGGGACGAGAAGAGGCCCUCAAACAGCUCCGCAAGGUUCAGGGUCAGAUCAAGGACGUCCAGAGGGAGCUGGAGGACGCCCGCACAGCCCAGAAGGAGACCCUCAGCAUCGCCAGGGAGACUGAGAGGAGAGCCAAAGCCAUGGAAACAGAUUUCAUGCAAUUGCAGGAGGAGCUGGCCGCUGCAGAGAGGGCACGCAAACAGGCUGAGACCGAGAGAGAUGAGAUGGGCGACGAGCUGACCAGCAACUCUGGAAAGUCCAUAAACAGUGAGGAUAAACGUCGCCUGGAUGGGAAGAUCGCCCAGCUGGAGGAGGAGCUAGAGGAGGAGCAGGGUAACCUUGAGACCCUCAAUGACAAGCUCAGGAGGAGCAUGCAACAGGUGGAUCAGCUGACCAACGAGCUCCAAUCAGAGCGCUCCGGCUCUCAGCGCAACGAGAGCGCACGCCUGCAGAUGGAGAGGCAGAACAAGGACCUGAAGGCCAAGCUGCAGGAGAUGGAGGCGCAGGUCAGGUCAAAGUUCAAGGGCUCCAUCUCUGCCAUGGAGGGCAAGCUUCAGCAGCUGGAGGAGUCGUUGGACCAGGAGAGCAGGGAGAAACAAGGCCUUUCCAAAGCUGUGCGUCAAAAGGACAAGAAGAUGAAGGACCUGACUGUUCAGAUGGAGGAUGAUCGCAAGCAAGCAGAGCAGUAUAAGGACCAGGCGGAGAAGGCCAACGUUCGCGUGAAGCAGCUGAAGCGGCAGGUGGAGGAGACGGAGGAGGAGUCCCAGCGCGCCACUGCCGCCCGCCGCAAGCUGCAGCGCGAGCUCGACGAGGCCACGGAGGCCAACGAUAUGCUCACUCGAGAGGUGUCCUCGCUCAAGAGCAAACUCAGGCGUGGCAACGACCCCUCGGCCUCCUUCAGCAGCUCCCCGCGGCGCAUCAGCGGUGGGGGCAGUUUUCUGGGGAAUCGAAGGGGGGCUGCUGAGAAUUCAGAGCUCGCUGGGGAGGACGAGCCGCCCCGUUCCCCCUCCCCUUCACCCGUUCCCAUGGAGGAUCCACUGGAGGAGGAGGACGAACUGCGGGGAGAGAUGAACGGAACCGAAGACUACGAUUAGAACCCUUUCCUUCACACCUAUAGCUAAAUGACGAAUAUCUACACCGAGAGCAGAGGAUUCCGGAACACGUCUGACCCUGAUCAGAUCACAGUGAAACGCGCUCCAGCCUCAGCUGCUGUUUGGGUCAGACAGGGAUCUCUCCUGUCCGACACAUAGGGUGUUUUCCUUGCUGCCUCUGCAUCACCUCAUAAGCUUUCACCACUGUCUAGUGUACUAGUAUACUUUCCCCCAAACUGUACUUAACUUAAAUUGAUGGUGUAGCAUAUAGAGUGCUUUCAUUACACUUAGAGACUAGCCAGCACUUCUCUCGAAAACAAUAUACAUCACUAUUCAUGACAAAUUUUAAUUUAAAAACUGUAUUGUUCUUAGAGGUUAUAGUCAAUUGUGCUUUUUAAUGUACCAGUAAUAUUCUGGAGUCUUAUACUAUGGGGUUCACAUGUUAAGUUACAGCAUUAUUUAUAUGUACUCAGUCAUCUACCUAAGUACAAACCAUAACAAAUAAUCACCACAUGCCACUACGUUUAACCCUUUAAAGGCCACCUCCACUCAUCACUCUGGAAUAAACGGAUUUCAAACCCCUCA